UACAAAAUUAACCAUUCCAUGCUGAAAUGGAGCCUCAUCUUCACCUUUGUGGCGGAGAAAAUCUGAUAGGUGAAGUAAUACGUUUUACACCAGAGCUUCUGAUACCUGCAAUCUCAACCAAAUUUGGCUUUGAGCUUAUUUAACAUCUUAAGGCCUAGAUGAUCAUCAGAGUAAGCUUUCUGGCUGCAGCUUCAAUUGCAGCAUAUGCAGUUUCACAUAAAAACAGGUGCAAUUCCACCAAGAACCAAAUCAGCAGUGUCAAUUUUCCAGAGAAUGAUGACUCAAACUUCUAUCAACAACAAAUUCAAGAAGGGAUGGAAGAUGAGAAGAAGGCUGAGAUUGUUAGAAGUAGAGAACUGAAAAGGGUCAAUGAAAUAGAAGUGUUACAUAAUCUAGCGAGGGAGGUACAGCAGAGGAAGUUGAGGCUUGAGAGGAAAUUGCUAGAGCUAUGUGAGCUAAGAGAAGAGAAAUCUUUUAUGUUUCACUUGCAGAGGCGUCUAGACGAAAAGUUGUUGGAGAUUGAAAUGCUCAAUGCCACCAUUGCUUCAAUGCAGACUGAGAGGAAGGAACUUAAUGAAGAUGUCAAGGAAUGUGUCUUGUCAAGGAAGCAACUGGAGACGACUAGGAAACUGAUAACUGAAAUGCAAAAGAAGAUGGAAUAUUGUAAAAAGAGCAACAUGGAGGUGAAAGGAAGGCUCUUGAUUGUGGAGGAAAAAGUUUCCAACUUGCCUAGAGAUGAAGAUGAAGGAAAAUCAGUUAGAGAUGCCAUAGUUGAACAGAAGCUCAACGGUGUUAGAGAUGCCGAGUUACAAGUUUUGAAGAUGAAGAGGAGAAACAAAGAGCUUGAGCUUGGAAAAAGAGAAUUGACAGUAAAAUUGGUUUCUGCUCAAGAUACAAUUACUGCCCUUUCCAACAUAACCGAGAGUGGAAGCAUUGUGAAAAUUCGAGACGAGAUAAGCAAGUUAAGGCACACUAAUGAAGACUUGUCGAGACAAGUUGAGAGGUUACAGAACAACAGAUUUGAUAUGGUCCAACAACUUGUGUACCAGCGCUGGCUCAACACUUGCUUGAGACUUGAAAUUCAAUCCCAUAAUAGCAGAAAGAUUUCAGAUCGCAGCUAUGAAAGCGUGUCGCCUCAGACAUCUACGACUAGUCUGAGUGAUGAUGUGUUUGAUACAACCACCGUGGAGUUGGAUAGCUCAUGUUCAAGUAGCCAAAGAAGUAGCACUACUGAUAAGAAGUCUGGAUUCAUGCAUAGUAUUAAAAGGUGGGGUACUAGAAGAAGCAAGGAUGCAUGGUCCUCUGGUGGCAAUUCCUUCAGCAAGAAAGGCCUAGUACGCAGGUUUUCGACAUCAAUGGUUCCAGAAAAAGCUUCAAUACUGAAAAACAAAGGGGAGAAUGCAGUCAAAUCAAGAGGAAGGAGAGUCUCGUUUAGUGAUUCAGUUGGAUCAACAGUUCAAUCCGAAUGUGUAUUAGACAAUUCUGUUGGAUCAACAGUUCAAUCCAAAUGUGUAUUAGAUAACAUCAAGAGGUCUUGCUGCAACUCAACAGCUAAUUCAGCACAAAAUGGUGACAUUGAAGGAGAGACACGCUAUGAGCCUGCAUCAUCACCAGAAGUGACUAUUUCUUGUACAACUUCCAGCACCACGAAAGAAGAUAGCAGCAUUACUCAAGUAAGCAGGACUGAAAUGAAGGUUUCCUUUAGUAAUCAGGAAAACAAAGUUGACACCAAUGUUGUGGGACUAGUUGCUGCUUCAUUUUUCCUUCUCUUCAUCUUAGUUGCCUGUUUCACAUUUUAUUCAGCUAGAUCCAUGUGAGGAACUAGCUAGAACAAAGCUGGCCAGGUAAACACCAAAAUUACCGUGUCUAUGUUUAUCAUGUAUUCAUGUAUGUACGUAUUGUGCAGUGCAUCAGUUAACUACAUACGACUUGAUCUGUGAAUCAAGGCACCACUCACCAGCUCACCAAGAACAAAUGAG